CACGCUAUUUUUUAAGCUUUAUUUAUUUUUAUGGCACUAGCGGCGGAGCGUUACGAGCACCACAGAAAACAGCUUGGUGAACUGCUUCAAGCUGCCGCCCUCCUCAUAAAGGCACACGAAACCGGGCUUUAUGACGAGGCAGGGGAACUAGGCACGCAGGCCAGCCACCUAUGGGAGCUGAGUCAGCGGCACAGACUGGUGGUUGGGAGUAACAAUGCAGCAGCAGCUACGUUGUUUUCGGCCUGCAAUGAUGUAUUCCAACCGCUUUACGAGCGAAUCCUAAAGCUGGACGAAACGCUUGCUGAAAUCAGGAAUGCCGUCUCGGAUUUCGAGGUGCAAUGCCGGGAGCUGCAAGCAGAGCAAAACGCGCCAAUCAAUGAAGCACUCGCUAAAUGCUUGGCAUGGCUAUUGCAAACGCAAUCGGUGCUUCAGAGCCAGGCCAAGUACCUGGAGCUAUAUGCACGUGGAUUGACGCCGACACUAGUGCAGCAAGCAACUGUGGACCAAUUCAAAAGAGAGCUGCAACUGUCGGAACAACAGAGAGACCGAAUUCUUCUGGGAUUGGCACUGGCCGAGCAGCGUACUGCAAGUGUCCAUCUGCUGUCGGAGCUAGUGGCAAGCUGACAAAGGAUAUAUUCCCUAUUCUCACUUCAAAGUUGCAGGCAUUGCAAGGCGAACAUUUUGUUUACCGCAUUGGCUAUUAUCAGAUUAACACAAGCACUCGAAAAAAAAAUAAAAACAAAAAAAAUAAGACGUAUUUUUUAGCACUUAAA